CGCUCGCUCGCUCUGUGUCUCUUGGAUGAAACGGCGCUCCACACCCCGGCGCGGUCCUGGACACGUCUAGGAGGUGGUGGCGACGUCGUAGAAGGAGGCGCAGAGGAGCCGACGGCCGCGGCGGCGACGGCGACGGCGACGGCGACGACGUCGACGAGAUGCGCGAAUUCAAGGUGGUGGUCCUCGGCUCGGGCGGGGUGGGCAAGAGCGCGCUCACCGUCCAAUUUGUGUCUGGCUGCUUCAUGGAGAAGUACGACCCGACAAUCGAGGAUUUUUACCGCAAGGAGAUCGAGGUGGACAACUCGCCGUGCGUGCUCGAGAUCCUCGAUACCGCUGGCACCGAGCAGUUCGCGUCUAUGCGCGAUCUGUACAUCAAGAACGGCCAGGGUUUCGUCGUCGUGUACAGCCUGACGAAUCACCAGACCUUCCAGGACAUCAAGGCGAUGAAGGAGCUCAUCACCCGCGUCAAGGGCACAGAACGUGUGCCAGUGCUGCUGGUGGCGAACAAACUCGAUCUGGAACACCAGCGGGAGGUCGGCACCGAAGAGGGCCACCAGCUCGCGCAGAUGUGGGGCUGCCCGUUCGUCGAGGCGAGCGCCAAGAACCGCACCAACGUCAACGAGAUGUUCGCCGAAAUCGUGCGCGAGAUGAACUUCAGUCCUGAGAAGGAGAAGAAGACCUACUGCUGUUGCAGUGUCCUUUAAUACUUAAUCAAAAAAUCCACGUUCGCCCGGAUUAUUUACUUGCGGACUGAACUAAGGAGAGGCUCUUUCUCGGCCUGCUGAAGGAUGUGCUAAGGAAGGGAGAAUACAGUGUACAGUGGUUUUCAUCAACAUGUUUUGUCAUCCUGGAGAAUCUUCGAGUCCUUUGAAGAAGCAUCUUUCGGAAAUCCUUUUGACCUUGAGAUCCAUCAUGCAUCUGUCAAUGUUACUUUAUGUCAGAUGCCACAUGAAUUUUCCAAAAUGAGAACUGUGGUUCUAUUCUAAUUCUUGGAAGACCGUCCGACGAGUGGCGGCCGUUAAACACAGAUAUUUUAUUAUACGCGAAUAGUAUUAUGUAUGUAAUAUUACUGUAAUAUAUAUACAUAUAUAUAUAUAAAUAAUAUAGAUAGGAUUUAAGUGAAAGAGCGAGCGAAAGGUAGCGUUUCCUCGGCAAAAGGACCAAUACUCCGCUCGCGAAAGGAGGAGGUGUCGAAAACCAUAAAACCAAACUCGAUAUCGGCUUUCUGCUCAAUUUUAGACAGAACUGUCGCACGUAGGUUCGCAUUCUGGUCCACAAAUCAAGACUAGGUACUAUGCGAUAAAGAAAUAUUUGCAAACUGUGAAGGUGAAGAAUUGAAGGGUUGUUUUAGUGUGGUGAUUGAAUUCAGCGAGGAUAACCAAUGUUUAAAUGAAAGCUUAAUUCUGUAUCGCAUAAUUUUGUAUGCAAUCGCGCGAAGGCUACGUAGUCAAAUCCAUCUAAUUUGAUGAAAGUCAUUUGAUUUCGAGAGUACUUUUUUCUGUGCAAUUGUUCUGUGUUAAUUUAAGCUAAGGAGGCUGAUUACCGAGAUAUCUAAACGUUUUUAUACAAGAUGCUGUUAGUGAUAUUUGUAUACAGGAUAUUUUACUUGAUUCAAUCAUUUGAAAUGUCUUUGUUGUUCUUAAAGGUAUGGAAAAAUAUUUCAGAAAUAACUUAUCAAAUUUGAGGAUCUAAUAAUAAUAUUCGUUUCCUCGAAUCAAAUGAUUUGUUCUUGAAACAUUUCAAGAUGUUCCAAGAUAUUUCAAACGAUCAAACUAUCCUGUAUAUCGGUUGUAACAUUGAAUUAUUUUAUUGUGCAUAAAGGAAAAGGCACUGAAAAUGAAAUUUUAAAUGACACCUCAGUGAUUAAUGGAUAACCCAGCUGUUGUGAAAUUUCUUGUGAUCCAUUUUGUAGCAGAUACUAAUAUUUUACUUUCGUUUCGCUUUAAUAUCUGUUUGAAGAUGUUUGAUAUAGCGCAAUAUCAUAUUUGUAAACUCUGAUGCGCAAUAGAAGUGGGCAAACUGCGGUUACAAAAUCGAAUUUUGAUAAACUAAGGGCCAAAGCUGAAGACUCUACCUUUAGUUCAUUGAAAUCUAACAGUGCAGAUAACAUCACUGUACGAUAACAGAAAAUAUUAGGAGAAACGUUUCAUAAAAAACUAGUUAAUGUAAUAAUGUCAAUCUAAACUCGUAAUUUGUAAGCUUUAUACGGUAAAAAAAAA